AGGGCGAAGUUUCCGAUGGAUAGGAGACGUUCGAGAAACGCGGAAUCGGCACAUGGUGCUUCCCCUCUUCUUCUCAUAAAGCUCUGAAUCAUGACUCUUUCCCCCAAGCCCCCAAUUUGUUCCUACCGUAUCGAGAUAUCUCUGGAAAGCACGAUUACCAAUUUCUGGAUAUUUGGAGAUCCCUUACCUUCUCUACACCCAAAUUCUCAACAACCCAAGACAGUGAAGUAGGUAUCCUGUUCUUUGAUUUCUUUGCAAGGAUCUGAUUUGCGGAAGAUCCUGAUUUCAGCGGUUUUGGAGUUGGGAGAGGGAAGACGGAAAAGCGGAAGUUCACCAUGGGGAGGGAGUACCCUGUUGUUCCGCCUCGCUCCCUCGCGUCCCUCUGCGACCAGAUCGCCCCCCUCUUGCCCAUCCCCGUCUUCUUCCUCCGCCGCCACUCGCUUUCGCUCCUCCGGAAGGUGCAGCUUCUGUCCCUCGUCCUCCGCUCCGUCACCGCCUCUUCGCCUUCGGCCUCUUCGGCCCUCUGCCUGAGGGAGCUCCAUGCCGUGCUCACCAAAGCCCUCAAUCUCGUGCAGUUCUGCCACCGUUCCAGCAGAGUCCACCUCCUCCUGCUUCUGCCGCAGCUCUCCAUUCACUUCCACGACAUCGGCCUAGAUAUCUCUACCGUCUUCGACGUGCUCCCGCCGGGCUUUCUUCUGGACCUGGACCUCCGGGAGAACGCUCUCCUCCUGCGGCGUCGAUCAGAGCCUCCCUGCGACCCCAAGGGCGAUCGCCUCCGGCACGAGAUUAUAGCCGUUCUUGAUGAACUCCGCCAUGAGCGCCCGCCGGACCCGGAAGAUCUUCGGCGGAUCUUUUUCGAACUAGGGUUGCAGAACAGAGAUGAAUGCGACGACGAGAUGGAGCGCCUCAGGGAGGUGAUGAUGAAGACGGAAGAGCAGGAGCCUGAGCCGUCCUUGUCGCUCGUCGAUCUGUUCUGCGUCGUCCGGUACGCGAAGCAGCUCCUCUUCGGCAUCGAAUGCUCCGGUGCGUCUUCGGUAGAAUCGGCGGAUUGGGAGUCGGAAAAGGAAGAGCCAGAGAUACCGGAGGAUUAUCGGUGCCCUAUCUCCCUCGAGCUCAUGCGCGAUCCCGUUACGGUUUCCACCGGGCAGACCUACGACCGCUCCUCGAUCACUCAUUGGCUGGAGACCGGCCACGUUACCUGCCCGAAGAGCGGGCAGCUCCUCAAGAACACCGAACUCGUCCCCAACCUCGCCCUCCGCAGCCUCAUUUCUCGCUGGUGCACCGAGCACUCGAUUCCGUUUGACGAGUCGUCGGAGGCCGCCGGAGCCGGAGGUGCGGGCACGCUUGCUGUGAUCAACUCGAAGCCGGCGAUCGAAGCCACCAGGCUGACCGCGCUCUUCCUCGUCGAUCAACUUAGGAGCGACUUGCCGUCUGCCAGGACGCAUGCUGCCUGCGAGCUCCGCGUGAUUGCUAGGUCCGGAUCGCCCCUCAUCCGGGCAGCGAUAGUCAACGCCGGCGCUAUUCCGCUGCUUGUGCCGUUGCUUGAUUGUGGCGAUCCCGUCGCCGAGGAGAAUUCCGUCACGGCGAUCCUCAAUCUGUCAAUCCAUGACGGCAACAAGGAGCCGAUCGUGUCGGCAGAGGGCUGCCUGGAGGGAAUCAUUCGCGUGCUCCGUUUUGGUUCGACCGAGACGAUGAGAGAGAACGCGGCAGCGGCCCUUUUCAGCCUGUCCUCCGCCGCCGCCCUGAAGGAGCGGAUCGCCAGCGAGCCCGGCGCAGUGGACGGCCUCGUCGAGCUGGUCCGUUCAGGUUCCAUCCGUGCAAGGCGGGACGCCGUCUCCGCUCUGUUCAACAUCGCCACGAAGAAGGACAACGUCCCGAGGGUCGUCAUGGCCGGCGGCACGGAUGCCGUGGUGGAGCUGCUCCGGGAGACGGACGGUGGAUUGGCGGAGGAGGCAGCCGCCGUGGUGGCGAUGCUGGCGAGGCAGGCCGACGGCAUCGUGGCGGUGGUCGCCGCCCCGGGCGGUAUCUCGGCCCUCGUCUGGGUCCUCCGAACCGGAUCGCCCAAGGCGAAGGAGCAUGCCGUCGCGGCGCUGCUCGAGCUUUGCCGGCACGGCGGCCAGGAUGCGCUGGAGAGGGUCGCCAGGGCGCCGCUUCUGGUCCGCUCCCUGCACUCCCUACUUUACUCCGGUACGAGUCGAGCGAAGCGGAAGGCCGCGUCGCUGGUGCGCAUCUGCGGCGGCUGCUGUGGGCUUUCCGCUACGACGCACUCCAUGCCGGUCUCGUUGGCCGUUUCGGUUCCGUUCCGGUAAGCGGAUCGCAUCAGUUCCCGUCGUCCGGCACCUCUGGGAUCCCUUUUUUCACCCAUAAAAUUACUGUUAACUAAUUGGUGGUUAGAUUAUUUCAUUCUUUGGGGAAAGAGGAGGGACGUGAUAAAAAGUUCCUUUUUCUCUCUUUUUCUUCCGUGUACAAAUGGUUGUUGCUCCCUGGCAUUUUGGCGUUUCGUUUAAUAAAUGUGGAAGCAAAAGGCGAGCUUGUGAUCA